CUUUUAUCUUUAUUAAUUUAUUUUAUUUUUAUUUAUGUUUUUAUAUAUGUAUUUAUUUAGGUAUAAAAAAGUACAAGUUUGCAUUUACAAAGUACCUUACUAUUCCUAUAGCCUAUCUAUAUAUAUAAAAAGAAGUGUACAUAUUGAAUAAAUUUUAUAGCUCAAGAUCGACCAAACUGAUUUCUAAAAAUUUCAGGGUAUAUUAAGAUUGAUAAAUAGAUGGAUGCGAUAAGUGGUUCCGGAGUUAUGGUCUCUUAAAUGCACAAAAAAAAAAUUAAUUUUCAGUAACCCAUGGUAACAAUUUUAACAAAAAAAAAAAAUUAAAAGUACUGAUUGUUAUUAUUAUUUUAUUUUCGGUAACCAUGGUAACAAUUUUUUAUUAUAAUUAUUAAUUAUUUUCCCCGUUUUUGUAACAUUUUUCACUGAUUCACUCCUAUUGGUCGCAGGAGAAAGUUCUUAUGUAAUACAAUUUUAAGAAAAUCCACCAGAAAAGUACGGAAUCUGGAUGUAAAAAAAACAACAUUGUUAGACCCAAUGAUGUCACUGUCCACUGUCCAGCAAGAAAAUAAGCUAUAUUUUUGUUUAUUAUAAAUUUAAAAUUGAAUUAAAUAAUUGUAGACCUAUUGUUAUAUUUUGUCAAAACCAUAACAACAAAAAAAAAAACCUAACCGUAAAUCUCAAAAUCACAGUAAUAGACUAACAUAAUAAGUUAUAUCAAGUUUUAUUGUUUUACCAACAAUAUAAAAACCACGAUAUGGCACAUUAUUGUUUUUUAUCCACCAUAUUAAAAAAAAAAAUUGAUAUAACUUUGAAACUUAAGGGUAAGAAAUUAUAAAGUACACAUCUCGCGGGGUCCUCAAUCCAUCACAGGUGGAUUGCCUACAUAAUUAUAUACUUCUGGUAUAAUCAUAAGAGGGACUAUAAUAUUAUUACUUAACUAACUCACUGAUAAACGUAGGGUGUGAACAAUGAUAGAUCAAUGCUUGCAAUUUAUACGGUACAUUCGUACAAUCGUACCACAAAUUUAGUGUGCAAUAAGAAAGUAUUUUACAAAAUUCGCAUUUUAAAGUAGCGCUUACACAAGUUUUUUGAAAAUUAAAAUAGUCAAUGAAAAUGUCUGAGUUUUAAACACCGUUAAACCGAAUAUCAAAUAACAAAUUAAUCAAAAUUCGAAUCAUAUUACAGAAUUGGCAUUUUAACGGGCAACGAAGUGCACGGGUUCAACUUUUAUGUAUAAUAUUAUGUGUAUACUAGUAUACUACGUCCAACCAUAUGCAAUAUUAUAUUCGUCUGUACGUGAUAUACGUCAUCUAUAAUACCUAUAACCUAUAAUGGUUAUGUUAUUAUAGGCAAAUAAUAUAUAGUUUAGAUUCCUUAAACAGUAAUAUAUUUGGAAUUGUCAUAUUAACAUAUUAUUACCUCUAAUAAAAAAUGGAAUCGGUUAUCUAUACUAUUAUAUUAAACCAAUGCAUAUACAAUUUAAAAAAUAAUAUUUCAGUUAUAAUUCCAUAACCUGCAAGGUAAUAUAAUAAGUUAAUACACAUAAUAUACCUAUGACAAAUAUAUUACAAUUACAUAAAUAGGUAAAAUAUGUUGCCAAAGUUGGUGGUGAUCACAUGAACCUCCAAAGUUGAAGCUUAACUCACUCAUUCGUUUAUGUCGUAAAUACAACAAUAUUAUAAAAAUUCAAAAUCAUGCUGCAGAAUUGUGAUUAUCUAUCGUUUGCGUACAAUGUUCUCCAAUGGAUUGGUGUGCUUCCCCCUAGUGACUCGACGAAGUGGACGCGUCGAGUUUUUAACUUUUAUAGAUCUAUAAUUUUUAUCAUCCUAACCUUGUUCACGACUCUGAUGACGGUCCAAAUGUUUGUCACCACCGAACUAACAAUAUUGGCAAGGACCAUAGAUAUUUGGACCAUGUUUUUCUCGGGUCUGUACAAAUGGAUUUAUAUGACGGUGUUCAACUGGGAAUUUGCCCAUCUUAAAUUCGCGCUGGCACAAUUACAAACUCAAGGAUCGAAGGCGUACGGACGCUCGGCUGAUGUGUUUACUGCCGACUAUUUAAAACAAACGAAAAAGAUCAGCUAUUGGUAUUUAUUCAGCGGUUUUGUUGCGGGUUUUUUUAUAAUCGUCAGUCCUCUGUUGACAUAUUCAAAAGGUGAUCGGUCCAAUUUUCAAUACUACAACGAUCCAAAAAGCUACCCUUUGAGUUGUUGGAUGCCAUUUACGUUGAACGAAAAUUGGAUGUUUUUAACAAUUUUUGUCUGCCAUUCUAUUGCAUUGUUUUUAAUUGUGCUUGUGUACUUGGGCAUUGAUACAUAUUUUUUUGGAGCAAUUUAUGCUGUUGGCGGUCAAAUCGAAUUACUAAACACAUCUUUAAAUAAUAACGAAAACACUUUAGCACAAUUUGAAAAUGUUUCGUGUACGAACCAGACUUCUGUUUUUACUGAAAAACAAAAAAUGAGAUGCUACUCGACACUCCGAGAGUGUGUUAAACAUCACAUCCUAAUCCUUGAUUAUAUAAAAAAUAUACGUAAACUGUUUAGCACACUCAUACUAGUGGAUUAUUUACAUGGAAUAACUUCAGUGACAUUUGCAUUAUUUCAGUUAACGAUUAGUGCUAGUGUAAUCGAAACAAUCAGUGUAAUCUGUUUCAUUUGUGUGAGUGUGUGGCAUCAAUAUCUCAACAAUUUUUUUGGUGAAUUUAUUAUACAAAAACAAUUAAGUGUUUGCACAGCAUUGUAUAAUGUUCCGUGGUGGCGAUGCGAUAAAAGAGUACGACAAUUACUGACAUUAAUGAUUUUAAGAUCUAUAAAACCAACUUUAAUCACAGGAUAUUACAUGUACAAAUUAAGUUAUGAGUCAUUUAUUUCAUUUGUAAAAGCACUAUACACUUACUAUAUGGUAUUAAGGCGAGUCAAUACCAAGACAUAAACAUAUAAAGUCGGGAAUCUAAUCAAAAAACAUACAAUUGUUUAUCUAAAUAAGAUAUUUUUGGACAUGCGUAGUGCAAACUUAUUACAUACAUUAGCAACAAUUGUUUAAUAACAUAUCACAUCAUCAGUGGCAUCACGAACAUUUUCUUCACAGGGGCAAAUGUUGACGUUAACCAACCAACCAAUCAAUAAAAAACCUGCUGAAAUACCUAUGUACCUAUUAAAUAUUAAAAAUAAUACAUUAUAAAUUAUUUAUAAUGAUAGUUUAAUACAAAAAUAUUGUAACGAUCAAACAAAAUUACUCAUCCACCUAAAAUUGUUUGAGGCAAUUGCCCCAAAAAAAUAAGCUUGUGACGCCACUUCACAGUAUUUAAUAAUUGAUACUGUAAUAGGUACUCAUAUUACUGUUACACCUAUUAUAGUUGAUUAAUUUACACAAGUGUAAAGUUUAGAUUUAACUAUAAUAUAAGAAAAUAUAGAAUAUUUGAAAAAACUAAUAUUGUGAAUUCUUAAAAUUAUAAUAUUUAUAUAUAUUAUGUACCUAUUAUGUAUGAAACGUGAUGAUUAUUGAUUACUAUAAUCAGUGGCGUGGUGUGGAAUCAUCAGUAAUGUAAUGUGUAAGCAAUGAUCGUACAAUACUAUAAUUUAAGUUAAACAUCAUAAUAAACCUAUUUAAUAUUAAUAAUAAUAUAUAUAUUAUUUUCGCUUUUUUAGAGUCCAUAUAGUCAAUAUAAAGUUUAUUAUCAAGAAUAUAAAGACAUCUAAUCAAAAAA